AUGGCGGACCCCGGCGGCUGCCUGGAGGUGCGGCUCUUCUACGUGCGCGUCUCCCCGCACGGCGGCGCGGCCCCACCCCCGCGCCUCACGCUCGAGCUCCGCCCCGCGGGCGGCGACGGCGAGGCCCAGGCCCCCGCCAUCCCGCUCCCGCUGCGGCUCGACCGCCACGACACCGCAUCGGGCGAGGCCACCUACGUCUCCACCGCGGCCGCGCGGCUGCCCCCGCCCGCCGCGGCCUUCGAUGUCGCCGACCACCGCGGCGCCGCGCUGCUCCGGGGCUCGCUUCGGUGGUGCCCCGGUGCCAAGGGCGGUUCCCCCGCCUGGGAAAUCGACUGCGUCCCCGCUGCUGGGGCCGCCGCCUCGGCCUCGGCCUUCGAGGUGUAUGUCGCCGGGUGCUGCGCCGGCGAGCCUGCGGUGCUCACGCACGCCCUGCGGCUAGCCACCCCUGAGGAAGCAGCCGGUGCGUUGGUUCGCCCCCGAUCGGGGGCAUUGGCGAUUGUGACCAUUGAACCUCAAGUUUCUGUUGAUCAAUAUCAACUUCUUUGGCAGGCUGCUAGCAAUGAAGGCGACAAUGAUAUGAACACUGGUAGCAUGCAAUACCCUGAAGGUUGGUACUCGGACGAUGAUGAUGGGCAGCUCUCAUGGUUCAAUGCUGGCGUCAGAGUUGGCGUGGGCAUCGGCCUGGGAGUCUGUGUCGGUGUAGGCAUAGGCGUUGGGCUCCUCAUGCGCUCCUACCAAGCAACAACCAGAAGCUUGAAGAGGCGGUUCUUCUGA